GCGUGCUUGUCACGUGAGAUAACAACAGGAAAGGAACUGCUGCACAGAGGGGAUAUAUUACCCUGAGAACGAAAUACAUAGCUAAAUAUAAGAAAGGAAAACAUGCAAAAGUGAUUUUUUUUUUAGAUGUUAGGGAAGUUGUUACAACCGGACAGAUGAGUUUACGAGCUUUGUGGAUUAUUUAUAAUGAGAAAGGAGAAAAUGCAUCAAUACGGUUUUCAAGGAGGUUCUCCACUGUGGAACACCGUGCUAAAAGCCUGGCAGGUUCCUCCUAUGUUGCAGUCCCAGAAGACAGCAGCUUCCUGCAGCUCCUGCUCACCGAGCUGGGCCUUUCAGGCUCUCACAAGUCCUACGUAGCUGCCAGAGACGAUUGUCUGUACCGUCCACGGUCACCAGCUGUGGAGCUACGCUUGGACGGAAAGGGAACAUUGUGGCCUGUCCUGGCUCUUUCUCAGGCGCCACUCAUCCUGGCUUGCCUGCCACUAGUGGACAUCCCUUCAGAGCCGCGGCCUCCUCUGGCCAACCUGCUGUCAGUUUCGCAAGGUCUUACGUUUCUAGCCGGCCUCCAGACCUUUCUCCUUGGAUCAGCGGGAAAUCUUGAUAGUGAGGGGCUGGUCUCUCGUAUGGCAACGCUGCCAUCGCUCCUCUUGCAGGUCUGCCCUCUUGGCACACUCCUGGAUACCCCCCAAGCGGUAACGCCCACUGCACCCACGGUGCCCACCUCCGCUGGCGCCCAGAAGCAGCCGGCCUGGAAGACAGGCCUACAUCGCGGCCGAGCCAUGGUGAAUGUGGCAGUGGUGGAAACGGUACGCUCAAUGCAGUAUGGGAGCCCCACCAGACAGGACUUGUGGGAUGUUUAUGGGACUGUGACCUGCAAAUGUGAAGUGGAGGGGGUGCUACCAAACGUCACUGUGACCCUGUCAUUGCCGCACAAUGGUUCUCCACUGCAGGACAUCCUGGUCCAUCCCUGCGUAACCUCACUGGAUUCCAGCAUCUUGACCGCCAGCAGUGUCGAUAAUGCCGAUGGCUCGGCUUUCUCCGGGCCAUACAAGUUUCCCUUCUCCCCUCCUCUGGAGCCAUUUAGACUUUGCAGCUACACCUCGCAGGUCCCUGUUCCCCCCAUCCUUGGCUCAUAUCAGCUGAAGGAAGAGGAGAAUAACCUUCGUUUGAGCGUGUCCCUCAAACUUCACGAGUCUGUGAAGAACAGCUUUGAGUACUGUGCAGCACACCUGCCAUUCUUCAACAGAAAUCAGAUGGGUGUUGUGGAUGUGAAGGUGAGCUCUGGACAACUAGACGUGUCAAAGGAAAAGAAUCUGCUGGUCUGGGUUCUGGGUCAAAAGUUUCCCAAGUCUCAUGAGGUCACAAUGGAUGGUAAAAUAACGUUUUCUGGAUCCUCCCAAGGGCCUUCGGACCCUCUCUGCACAGGACUUACAGCCUACAUUAAGCAGUUGUACUUAAAAGUGCCAGACACGACUCUGUCCGGGUGUUUUGUUGACCAGCAUUCAGUGCAAGUUUACUCAUCCGCCAAACCAAGGAUCAUCACAUCCCGAGAACUCCUGUCCAAAGAGUACUACAUCUGGAAUUCAACAGGUCCUGCUCCCGUAUCCUCGGGUCAGAUGAUGAUCUAGCAUGGAUCCAUGGCAGGGAGCUUGCAGGAAGGUGGACAGCGUGCUGCACAUUGAGGGGAUUUAAACCCAGCUGUGACAGACGGAUCUGGAUUGAACUGCAAGGAUUUAUUGAAGUUAUUCUGCACAGCGCCAGCAACAAGUCUACAAACACUCAUUCCUGACCUGGAUGUCUUUAAUCUGGAGCUUUUCAUCUCUUCUUUUUUUACAGUGGAUUUUUGAUACCGCAAACAACUAAAAUGAACUUUAAAUUAGAUGUAGCUUUUCUUUAAUCCUAGCAGCUUCAAAAUUAUACCUUAGCAAGUUACAAAGAAUCCACAUAUUGUUGUAUCCACCAGUGAGCCUGUGGUAUAAUUCAUUAGAAACUGUAUAAUUCAUGCACUUCUAUUGGUUGGUUUCCUGGAAUGGA